AUGUCUGAGUGCUUGCGUUUCUUAACGGAUCAUGUGAAAGAUAUUGACAAAGAAGGGUUGGUUUGUGGCUCAGCCACCUGCUGUCGCUUCUGUUGUGCAAAGCUUAGCAAAGCAACCUGUUGGCUCUUGCGCCUGCCCGCAUGCCACUCCUGGAGGGACCAGCUGUGUGUAGGUAGGGGCGCUGCGCGCGGGUGUGCUUGCCAGCGCGAGCUAUUGCGAUUCGAGCUCAUGGCCUGCUGUGGCUCCCGCACGUCUCCCACACCCUUGGAGCUUUAUGCGCAAUCGCUGCCACAUGAGGCGGAAGCUCCUCCAAUGCUCUUCCCCAUGUAUACCGUGACCGCAAAUGUGCUCCUCCAGAUGACAAGCGUCGAGCCGCACGAGAAGUUGAAGGCGCGGGGCGAGCUGUGCAUCUUCAGUCACAGCAUGGGCAAGGCAGCUUUUGUUUCGCACCAGUGGGUUUCCGCGUACCAUCCAGAUCCCGACUUCAAGCAGAUGAAGGUCUUGCAAGAUGUUGUGAAGCGGCUGCUGAGCAGCGAUGGGUCCAUUUCGGUGGACAUCACCACCGAAACCCUAGUGCGAACGGCCAAACCGCUCCGCAUGCAGGAGUUCCAGGCGCAGGCACUCUUCUUUUGGUACGAUUAUUUUUCGUGCCCACAGCUGGAGCGCCGGCACGGUUUUGGUGCAGAUGACGAGGAUAGUAGCAAGCAGGCCGAUGCCAUCAAUAGCAUCCCCGCCUACGUCACCAAUUGCCACUUCUUUCUGGCCCUGUGCCCGGUGAUCGAUUGCUUUGAAGAGAACAAGGUGCUCUCACCGCUCACGUGGAGCCGAAGAGGUUGGUGUCGUGUGGAAAGAAUUGGUCGUGAGCUGUCGAGAGAAAGUACCUGGGUUCUGAUCCAGAGCAGCACGUUCAUGGAAGUUGUUGGCACUCUGAAUUCCUUUCCGGCUGGAAUGGUCGGGGAGGGCAAUUUCACAGUCCGGGAGGAUAAGCAGAAAUUAGGCCCGGUGAUGCGGCAGAUGAUCGUGCAAAAGCUGCAGCAGUCGCUGCGAUCUGGCGACCUGCCCGGAUUCCGGCGCUACUUCAACCUAAAUGGUGUCUACCUGCGUGAGCUUCAGGUCGAGCCUGUGGGCGGCUUUCUUCCCAGCUGCGAAAGCCGAGCCGGCAACGUAGUAGCGGAGUUCCUGCAUCAAAACGGCUUCAGGAGAAUUGGAGAGGUCGACAGCGCGGGGUGGCGGCCACUGCACUAUGCGGCACUGGGUGGCAACGCAGAAGUUCUGCAGGGCAUGCUGGAGCAGCGUGCCAACGUGAACUGGCGCACGUCGAAGGAUGUGCCUGCCAUGGGCAGCCCACCCUGGAUGUCGGCACUGGAUAUUGCAUCGGGUGCGAAGCACUACCAGGCUGCACGGCUGCUUAUCGAAGCAAGGGCCCAUCUUGAAGGCGGGCUCCUGCCUUCCCUCAUGGUUGCCACCUUCCCCAACGAUGCGGAGAUUAUCCGACUGCUCUGCGAUGCAGGUAGCAAUCCACUGCACCGGAACCUUAUUGGGAACACCGCCUACCUGGCUGCAGCGGGUCAUUGGGUGCAAGGAGUACUGCAUGCUUCCAUAGUUGAGGUACUGCCCCACUGUAACAGCUGGACAAUCUUUCUAGUAUGCAUACAUAUAUGUAUAUAUAUAUAUAUAUAUAUAUAUAUAUAUAUAUGCUACCCCCCCCCCCCCCCCCCCCCCCCCCCCAUGGACCUACCAAUUUCCUUUGUUUUUAUCCAUGAAUUUCGCGGUCUAAGCCACAUGGUUUGA